AGAGCCAGACGGAAGUCUCCUACUCAAGGGGCUUUAACAUUCAGCGGUGACCAGACAAGAGGACAGUGCUAUUGGUAAAUAUUGUCUGGAAUUAAUCCAAGUGGAUUAUCAGUGGGUGGUUUUAGUGGAGACACGGCGCGGUAUCCCCACCGACUCUGUCUUUCUCCCUGUCGGUCGGGUGGAUCUGCGGUGGUAGGACUGUCAUGAGCCCGGGCUGGGAAUGGCAUCCGUUCCCAGUGUUUGUAAGAAGGUCGGACCGGUGGAGGAGGAGAACGGAGAACCGGAUCAUUCUCUGCAAGAGAUGUUGAAGGCGAUCGCCGACGAACGGAACCGUCUUACUAUCAGACAAGAAAUUAGUGGACUUGGGUGUUUUAAGGACGACCGCAUCGUGUUCUGGACAUGGAUGUUCUCCACGUACUUCAUGGAGAAGCUGUCGCCGCGGGAACAGGACGACAUGUUGUUUUACGUCCGCAGGAAGCUGUCAUACGUCAGCCCCGACCAAUCAGAAGGAAAGAAGGUAGAUGUGGAGGUGUACAGGAGAGACUCUAAGAGGCUUCCAGGUUUAGGAGAACCUGACAUCGACUGGGAGGAGAGUGUUUACCUGAAUCUGAUCCUAAUGAAGCUGGACUAUGUGGUGACGUGUGCUGUCUGCACACGCUCAGAUGCAGGAGACAUUCACAUCCACAGGAAGAAGUCUCAGCAAGUGUAUGCGUCUCCCAGUAAACACGCCAUGGACAGUAAAGGGGAGGAGUCUAAGAUGAGCUACCCCAACAUCUUCUUCAUGAUUGACAACUUUGAGGAGGUGUUCUGUGACAUGACGGUAGGAGAGGGGGAGAUGGUGUGUGUGGAGUUGGUAGCCAGUGAUAAGAGCAACACGUUCCAAGGCGUCGUCUUCCAAGGUUCCAUCCGCUACGAAGCUCUGAAGAAGGUUUACGACAACAGAGUGAGUGUGGCGGCUAAGAUGGCCCAGCGCAUGUCGUUUGGCUUCUAUAAGUACAACAACAUGGAGUUUGUCAGGAUGAAGGGGCCGCAGGGCAAAGGUCACGCUGAGAUGGCGGUGAGCCGGGUCCCGACCGGAGACACGUCCCCCUGCGGCACAGAGGAGGACCUGGACUCACCCCUACACGAGAGGCAUGGACACCCAGGGUCAGGACCCUAACCGUCGGCUGGAGGGCCGGGGCGCUAACCGUCGGCUGGAGGGCCGGGGCGCUAACCGUCGGCUGGAGG